CUCGUCUCCGUCUCCGCGCCCGUCUCCGGCGCCGACCGGCCGGCAGAGGCCUUGCCGGGCCACACCCAGGGUCCUCUUGACGGGAGCCUCUACGCCAAGGUGAAGAAGAAGGAGGACGGCCUGAACGGCGGCGGGGCCGGCGCGGGCGGCGGGGUCCGCCCGGCCCCCUCGGCCACCCCCGACCACGUGGAGCACACGCUGUCCGUCAGCAGCGACUCGGGCCACUCGACGGCCUCGACCCGGACGGACCGGACGGAGGAGGCCCCGGUGCCCCAGGGCGUUGCGGCCGGGCCCCCCGCCCGCCGCCCCGCGGCGCCCGCCAUGCUGCCCGCCCCCGCCCGCCGCGUGGUGCCCGCCCAGGUCCACGUCAACGGGGACGACGCGCCGCCGGCCGAGCGGGAGACGGACAUCCUGGACGACGACGACAUCGACGACCGGCCGCCGCCCGGCCUCCUGACCAACGGGCUGGACGCCCCCGCCCUCGACGGCUCCGGCCUCCCCGCGGGACGGCCCGGCCGCCGCCUCCGGCCCGUCCGCCCCGCCUUCUCGGCCGGGGACGGCCGCGGGGAGGGCCCGGCCUCGCCGACCUCGCCCCCGCCCGGCCCGGCCUCGGGCGGGAUGUACCGGUCCCGGUCCUGCCCGGACGCCGAGCCCCGCCUGCCCCCGGCCCCGGUCCGGGGCGGCAGCAGCCGCGAGGCCGUGCAGAGGGGGCUCGGCUCCUGGCAGCAGCAGCUGCAGCAACUGCAGCAGCCGCAGUGGGGGCAGUGGGCGCCGCCGCAGCCGCGGCCCUGGCAGGAGCAGCCGCCGCAGCAACCGCCGUGGCGGCAGCCGCCGCCUGUCCAACGGCAGUACCGGAGCCCCCCGGGCUCCGGCCCUCCGGUCGAGGCCCUCCCGGAGAGGCGGCGGGCCUCGGGCGAGCCCGGCCCCCGGCCCGCGGCCCGGGCCCGCUCCCGCAGCCCGCCCGAGUGGGCGCGCGGGGCCUCGCGGCGGGAGAUCGAGCAGUCCAUCGAAGCGCUGGACGAGCUCAUGUCGGACCUGGGCUCGGCCUCGGCCCGCUCCGCCGUGCCCAAGUCCCAGAGCGCCCCGGGGCCUGGCCGGGGGCCUGGCCGGCGGCCGCCUCCUCCCCGGGGCCUCCCGCCGGGCGCCCCCCGGGCCGGCGUCCCGCGGCUCCCCGGAGCGCGCCCCUCCGGGCCGCCCGCCCUCGCCCUACGACUUCCAGCCCCGGCCGGCCCCCGCCGGACAAGCCCGGGACCGCCACGGCCCCGUCGCCGCCUUCGACCCCCGGCCGCCCUCCCCGGGCUCCCGCCGAAGGAAGCCCAGCCGGGCCCGCCUCGCCAGCCGGAGGAAGAGCCCCUGAACCUGGAGGGGCUGGUCGCCCACAGGGUGGCAGGGGUCCAGGCCAGAGAAAAGCAUCCUGCGGAGCCCCCCGCCCCCGGGCGCAGACGUGCGGCUAGCGAGGGUCAGCCCGGGGGCCCCGGCCCGGAAGCCCCCUCGUCCCCCCGGAGCCCCGGGGUCCGCUCGCCGGUCCAGUGUGUCCCGGCCGAGCUGGCCCUCACCAUCGCCCUCAACCCCGGCGGGAGGCCCCGGGAGCCCCACCUCCACAGCUACAAGGAGGCGUUUGAAGAGUUGGAGGGGGUCGCCCCGGCCAGCCCACCCCCCACCGGCGGAGUUCGUUCCCCUCCGGGCCUGGCCAAGACCCCGUUGUCGGCCCUGGGCCUGAAGCCGCACAACCCGGCCGAGCUGCUCCUGCACCCCGCCGGAGAGGAAGAUGGAGAGCAGGAGGCCGUCGGUAUCUAUGAAGAGCCCAGGAGCUACGUGGAGUCGGUGGCGAAGACGGCGGCGGCCGGAGCCCCGGAGCCCAAGUCGAGGAGCCCGCACCCCCAGGUCGGCCGGGCCUACGGCUCCGAGUCGCCCCUGAGGAACGGGGGUUGGGGCGGCUCCUUCUCCCCGCCCGGGCCCCUGUCCACCAGCAGCCCCGUCCUCGGCCCGGACAGACCCCCAGGCCCGCAGACCCCAUCUGUGGCUCCGAGUCCCAGCUGGCCCUGGACCGACUUGGUCUCCACUUCCGGCCCCGUCGGGCCGUCGUUGGGAAGCUUCCCGUUGGGGGCCAGCAGCCUCGGCGGCGUGGGCGGCGGCAGCCCGGGCCCGCUCCCCCCGGCCCGGGCCUCGCUCAGCGAGCCGAGCCUCGGUUCUCCCGGCUGGGGCCCCCCCGAGCCCGCGGCCCCCUGCGCCUCGCCGCCGCCCAGCCCCGCCGUCAGCCCGACCCCCGACGACCGGGCCCGGGCCCAGGUCAGCGUGGCCGGGGUCCACGUGCUGCCCGGGAGCCCUCACACGCUGCGCCGGACCGUGGGCACCAACACCCCGGCCAGCCCGGGCCUCACCCGCCGCCCCCUGGCGUCCCCCGACCGUCUGGCCCGGCCCGCUACCCCUGAGGACCGGCGGCCCACCCUGUCCCGCCAGAGCAGCGGCUCGGGCCAGCGUGGGCCGUCCACCCCGUCCUUCCCGCCGGUGUCCCCGGCCGGUCCCCCCAGCUCCGCGUCCUCCUCCCCGGAGCCGCCGGCGGCCUCCCUCAGGGCGGGGAGCCCCUUGCCCGCCGGGCCCGAGAAGCGCAGGAUGUCGGUGGGGGAGCGGGUCGGAGGCCUGUCCAGCUACGCCACGGUCAACGGCAAGGCCUCCUCCUCGCCCGUGUCCAGCGGCCUCUCCAGCCCCUGCCGCGCCAGCCCCGGCGUCUCCUUCUCCCACACCCUGCCCGACUUCUCCAAGAUCUCCAUGCCAGACAGCAGCCCCGAGACCCGGGCCCACGUCAAGUUUGUCCAGGACACGUCCAAGUAUUGGUACAAGCCCGAGAUCACCAGGGAGCAGGCCAUCACGCUCCUCAAGGACCAGGAGCCUGGCGCCUUCAUCAUCCGCGACAGCCAUUCCUUCCGCGGGGCCUACGGGCUGGCGGUCAAGGUGGCGUCCCCUCCGCCCACCAUCCUCCAGCAGAGCAAGAAAGGAGACCUCGCCAACGAGUUAGUGCGUCACUUCCUGAUCGAGACCGGCCCCCGGGGUGUGAAGCUCAAGGGAUGCCCCAACGAGCCAAACUUUGGGAGUCUGUCUGCGUUGGUAUACCAGCACUCUGUCAUCCCACUGGCCCUGCCCUGCAAACUCGUCAUCCCGGAAAGAGAUCCCACGGAUGAAACGCGAGAGAACUCCCUGCUUGCCAGCUCUGCCCCCGACCUGCUGAAGCAAGGAGCCGCCUGCAACGUCGUCUUCAUCAACUCGGUGGACAUGGAGUCUCUGACCGGGCCCCAGGCCAUCUCCAAGGCCGCCUCGGAGACCCUGGCCGCCAACCCCGCUCCUCCCGCCACCAUCGUCCACUUCAAAGUGUCCGCCCAGGGGAUCACGCUGACGGACAACCAGAGGAAGCUCUUCUUCCGGAGGCACUACCCCCUCAACUCCAUCACCUUCUGUGACCUGGACCCUCAAGACCGGAAGUGGACUAAAGCGGAAGGCUGUGACAUUGGUAGUGGUGUGUCUGCCAAGCUCUUUGGCUUCGUAGCCCGGAAGCAGGGCAGCACGACCGACAAUGCCUGCCACCUCUUCGCCGAGCUGGACCCCAACCAGCCGGCCGCCGCCAUCGUCAACUUCGUGGCCAAGGUCAUGGGCAGCGCGGGCCAGAAGCGAUGAGCCCCCACCCUCCAGGGGAGCCGGGGAGAAGGAGAGGGCCCCCCCCCCACCCCCCCUGCCCACGACCACCCCAUCACCCCUAAAAUCCCCUCCCCGCACCCCCACGCGUCCCGCCCGUGAACCCAGAAGGAGGAUGUGGAGCCGAUGUGUGAGAAGAAGCAGGAUGUGCAGCGAGCAGAGAGGAAGUGCACGGGUUGGCAGCGGAGAGCGACAGAGACGGAGACGGACAGGGAGAGAGACGAGAGACAGAGGGGGACCAUCGCCUCAGCCCGAAGAGGACCACCGACAUCCCACCCCCGCACCCUGCAUUCCACCGGAGGAGACCAGGCGUCUUUGAGACCGUGACCUAGGGGCGUCUCCUCCAGCCCCACUCUCGGGGCCCCUUGUCCAGAAGCCCAGGGCCGCCGCAGGUGGUCCAGGAGAUGGCCAUCGCCCUCGACUGGGGGCCACGAGCCCCAAGCCCCGACCCCUCUGGGAGGACCGUGUGUACAUAUAUACAUAGCCAGAGAUAAUAUAUGUUUGCCGGCAUUGGACGCCGUGUGGGACAGGAAGCAGAGCUGGACAUGACCAUCUAUAUGACGUACACAGCCCUAUCCCGGCCCCGGCUCGUUGGGCCCGGGAGACGGGCGGCCCGGUGCCCGCUGACACUUUGGGUCGGGCAGCGUGGCGAGGGCAUCGGUCUCCUUUUCCAGGGGUCAGGGCUGAGCUGCAUCUAGGAUUGGGGCUCCUGGAAGCAAGGGAUGGAGGAUACGGGCCAGGCACUGGUUGGAGUGGGCAGUCUGGACCUUUCCACGGCCCUCGGCGAGGGUGGAAAGAGCCAGUGGUGGGCGCCGGCCCUGCCUACGCAACUUCCCCUCCAUCUGGGAGUCUUUGGGGUGUUGGGGGGGCCAGGGAAGGGUGACUGAGGGGACCCCAGCCUGACGCCUACUCGGAAGAGAGUAGGCCCGGUCUCUGGGCCGCCCAACCCCGGGAGACCACCCCCACCCCUUGAUUCCCCGACCCGGCUCUGGCCUCACCUCGCCGUUCCUCUCCCCUCCGCCGGCCGAUCACGUCCUCCCUAGCCAGGCUGUUCCCGGGCAAGGCCGAGGGAGGGGCCGCGGGGAGACCCCAGACCCAUCCGGGUGGCCGGCGGCCCGGUCCUGCCUUAGGAAAGGAGAGUCUCCGACAGUCUCCCCAUCUCCCACCCCAGGCCUGUGGCCUCCCAGAGACAAGUCCCCACUGCCCCCAAAUAUAUAUAUACAUAUAUAUAUAUAUAAUAUACAUCUCUAUAUAAUAUAUACAAGCUAUUCUGAAGGAAUACUGUAAACUAAGUUUAAGAAAAGAAAAAAAAACCCAGAAA